AUGGCCGAAGUGCGCGCCCAGUGCGAGAAAUUCCAGAAGACGUUCCAGUCCCUCCGCGACGAGAUCGGCAAGGUCAUCGUCGGCCACAGGGAGAUCGUCGACGGCAUCCUCAUCGGCAUUUUCUCGGGCGGUAAUGUGCUGCUCGAGGGCGUGCCGGGGCUCGGCAAGACGCUCCUCGUGCGCACGCUCGCGGAAGCGGUGACGCUCGAAUUCUCCCGCAUCCAGUUCACGCCCGACCUGAUGCCCGCGGACAUCAUCGGGACGAACAUCGUGAUGGAGGACCCGGACACCGGGCGGCGGAAGUUCGAGUUCCAGCACGGGCCGAUCUUCGCGCAGAUCGUCCUCGCGGACGAGAUCAACCGCGCGACGCCCAAGACGCAGUCCGCGCUCCUCGAGGCCAUGCAGGAGCGUUCCGUGACGGUCGGCGGUGAGAUCUACAAGCUCGAGAAACCCUUCUUCGUCCUCGCGACGCAGAACCCCAUCGAGCAGGAGGGUACGUACCCGCUCCCCGAGGCGCAGCUCGACCGCUUCCUGCUGAAGCUGCAGGUCGGCUACUCCGCGCUCGAAGACCUCAUGACGAUCCUCGACCGCACGACGGGCACCGCGGCGGCGGACGUCCGCCACGUCAUCGACGGCCCGGGCAUCAUCGCGGCGCAGCAGCUCGUGCGAAACGCGGUCGUCGCGCCGCACGUGAAGGAGUAUGCCGCGCGGCUCGUCCUCGCGACGCACCCCGAGGGCAAGUUCGCGCCGGAGAUCACGAACCGCUACCUGCGCGUCGGCAGCUCGCCGCGCGGGGCGCAGGCGCUGAUCCUGGCGUCCAAAGUCAAGGCGCUGACCGACGGCCGCUACCACGUCUCGUACGCGGACGUGCAGGAGGUCGCGCCGAUGUGCCUCCGCCACCGCAUCAUCAUGAACUUCGAGGCCGAGGCGGACCGCGUCUUGCCCGACUCGAUCGUUGACGAGAUCGUCCGCCAGACCGACCGACUCCAACCCGUCAAGGGCCUCGACGACCUGCUCGGGAGCGACCUCAUCGCCCGCAUCGGGCGGCUGGACAUCGCCUCGCGCAAGGUCUUCGCGGGCAAGCUCAAGGGCGAGCGUCGCUCGAAGAAGCGGGGCGAGUCCGUCGAGUUCGCGGACCACCGGCCGUACGUCGUCGGCGACGACCUCCGCCACAUCGACUGGAACAUCUACGGUCGCCUCGACCGCCUUUUCAUGAAGCUCUUCCUCGAAGAGGAGGACCUUUCCCUCUGGCUCGUCGCGGACGCGUCGAUGUCCAUGGCCACCGGCAACCCGAGCAAGUUCCGAUUCGUGCAGCAGGCGUGCGCGGCGCUGGGGUACAUCGGGCUCGUGAACUACAACCGCGUCACCCUCGCCGCGAUCGCCGAGCGCAUCGCGACCGAGGAGGGCGGGCCGCCGCCGUCGGUGGGGGGCGUCGCGAGCACCCUCCGGAACCUGCGCGGGCGUCGUCGCCUGCACGAGAUGGGCUCGUGGCUCUGCAACCUCCAGCCGGGGGGCAACACGAACUUCGCCGAGGCGUGCAAGCGCCUCGCGCUGUCGCGCCAGGGUCGCGGCGUGAUGGUCCUGUUCUCGGAUCUCUUCCUGAAGGAGGGCUACGAGCAGGGCCUGCGCUACCUCAUCGGGCGCGGGUACGACGUCAUCGUCAUCCAGGUGCUGAGCCCGCAGGAGGUGAACCCCGAGAUCGGCGGCGACCUGCGACUCAAGGAUCUUGAGGACGGCGACACGGCCGAGAUCACGAUCUCCGGACCGCUGCUCAAACGCUACAAGGCGAACCUCGCGAGCUACAUCGACGAGGUCCGCAUGUUCUGUGCGCGGCGCGAGAUCACGCACAUGACGAUCCAGUCCGACACGGACAUCGAGGCGCUGCUGCUCGACUACCUCCGCGCCCGCGGCGUCGUGAAGGGGGACAUGCAGGCCAACGCGCCGUUCCAGCGUCUGCGGAAGAACAUCCUGCUCCUCCUCCAGCUCAUCGCGCUCGCGCUGGGCAUCGCGGCCAUCGGCCAGCCGACCGUCGAGGGCACGAGCGCGACGGCCGAGCGCAUCGUCUUCGUGAUCGACCGCAGCGCCUCGAUGUCCGCCGUCGACGGGCCCGACGGGACGAGCCGGCUCGACCGCGCCAAGGCGGACGCGUUGGCGUACAUCGACUCGAUGUCCGACGGCACGAUCCUCUCCGAGACCGACGCGCAGGAGGCGAUGAUCAUCGUCUUCGAUGCCUCGGCCGAGGUGCUUCUGCCGUACACGUCCAACAAAUCGCGUCUGCGUGCCGCGGUGCGCGGGCUCGAGCCGACCGACGCGCCGUCGAACAUUUCCCAGGCCAUGCGCCUGGCUCGAGCCAACGUCGACAUGUUCCGCGAGGGCAUCGGCAUGAUCCCCGGCGCGCCGAUCGUCGUCUGGUCCGACGGGCGCGUCGACGGGACGGACGACGUCCAGCUCCACCCGCAGACGCAGGUCGAGUACCGGCGCGUGGGCGAGGCGGACGCCGCGAACGUUUCGAUCACGUCCAUGCGCGUCGAGCGGGCUUUCGACGAUCCCGAGAAGGCGACCGUCUUCGUCGCCAUGCAGAACAGCUCGGCGGACGACCGCGAGGUGCUCGUGGAGUUCGGCGUCAACGGCACGGUCCAGGCGGCUCGUGCCCGGACCCUCCCGGGCCUGGCCGAGGACGGCCGGCCCGUCCCCGCGGGCGUCGUCUUCGAGUUCAACCGCUCCCAGCAGGCGAUCCUCAGCGCGACCAUCGCCGUGGACGACGCCCUCGCGGCCGACAACACCGCCCGCGUUUUCCUCCCCAGCGCCGAGCAACUCAGCAUCGCCCUCGUCACGCCCGGCAACCUGUUCCUCUCGACCGCGUUCGAGGGGAUGCCCGUCCGGCUGACGACCAUGACGCCCGACGAGUACGAGGGCAUCCGCGCCGACGCGCGGCUCGACGAGUACGACGUCUUCGUGAUGGACGGCUGGAUGCCCGUCCUCGAGCGCGCCGACGCCGGCGACGGCCCCUCGCUCCCCCCCGGGCGGUACCUGAUCUUCGGGCAGAUCCCCACCAUGCGCGGGCUGGCCCCGGGCGAGGCGGGCAAGAUCGAAGAAUCCGCGAUCGUCACCGAUCACCUCCGCGACCACCCCGCGCUCCGCCUCAGCGCCAUCGAGAGCAUCGUCAUCGGCGCGGCCCAGUCGAUCGACGCGUCGAGCGAGGUCACCGUCCUCGCGGAGACGACGCACGGCCCGGGCAUCGUGGAGGCCGCGGACGGGCCCGUGAAGGCCAUCGUCGUCGCGUUCGACGCGUCGGAGAGCUCCUGGCCCUUCGACCCCGGGUUCAUCCUCUUCCUCGCGAAUGCGGUGGAGUACCUCGGCUCGGACGGGGGCGAUUUCACGCAGGAGGACAUCACCCCGGGCGGCACGCUGACCACGCGGCUGCCGGUCGACGCCCGGGACGUGAAAGUCGUGACCCCGGAUGGCCAAAGGUUUACUGUGAACCCCUCCUCCGACGGACGCAUCAGCUACGGCCCGAUCCCCACCGCGGGGCUCUACGAGGUCACGUGGGACGGCCCCCCCGGCCCGCGCGACCCGGUGAUCGAUGGCCGCCCGCACCGGCCCAUCCCGGUCAACCUCUUCGACCCCGAAGAAUCCUCCCUCCGCGUGGCGGAGAACCUCGCGCUGGUCACGGGCGUCACGAGCACGAGCAACGCCGACGCCGCGACGGCGGGCGAGGAACGCCUGCCCCUCCGGCACUGGGCGCUGCUCGGGCUGCUCGGGAUGCUCAUGCUCGAGUGGUACAUCUAUAACCGCAAGGUCUCGGGCCAGGAUCCCAAACGCCUCACGUCGGUCGCCGAGGUGGGGUGGAGCAACCGCGUGGUCUCGGACUCGAUGUGCCCGGUGUUCGUCAACAUCACGGGCGGGGACGAGUCCGAGAGCGGACUCAUCAUCGUCGAGAGCGGCUCGGGCAAGCAGAUCUGCGCCCGCGUCGUGCUCCCCUUCGCGUCGACACCGGGCAAGACGGCGCGAUUCGAGGCCUCGACGCCCAUCCCUCCCCCGCCCGAGUAUUUUCGCAUCUCGGACAACCGCUACGUCGAGGUCACCGUCCGCACCGCGGGCGAGGCCGAGACCAUGAGGUUCGUGGCGAUGUCCUCGAGCGACGGCGUCCAGCUCACGGACCCGCCGGUGUCGCGUGAGGCGGUCACGAUCCUGACGGUCGGUCAGAGCUCGCUCAAGGACUCGCUCUCGUUCUUCGGCAUGAGCUUCGGCCCGAACGGCGCCCGCGUAAUCAACCAGGGCGCGGGCGAGGAAGAGCUGCCGUACGCCGUCUUCGAUGUCCCGUCGCACAAGCUCGCGACGCGGCUCCCGUCGUACGAGGGCAUCGACAUGAUCGCCCUCGCGGACGAGGCGAUCGACGCCCUCGAUCCCGGCGCCGUCGGCGCCAUCCGCGACUGGGUCGCCCGGGGCGGGCGGCUCUUGCUCAUGCCCGCUCGCGCCACGACGCCGCUCGACGCCUGGGGCAUCGCGGGGGAACUCGAGUGGUACCGCGUCGACGGGGCGGACGAAAUCCGCCCCACGGGUUCCGCGAGCCAGUACUGGCACGACGAAACGGUUGAGAUCGAAUACGAGAUCGGCCAGGACGACGAGCGUCGCACGGCGCGGUUCGCGCAGUACGAGCGGCGCAUCGGCUACGGGCAGGUCGUGCUUCUCCGCGACGCGCCGCGUUACGACAACAUCCCGCCGGAGCUCCGUUCGCGGUUCUGGGUCGAAGCGCUCCAGGCCGCGGACUCGCCGGCCCGACACUGGAGCGGCGGCUCGCACUACGGCUACCUCCCGAGCUGGAUCGACCAGAGCCUGAGCUACCAGUCGAUGGACCGCGCCACGCGACUGCUCGAGAACACCGAGCCCUUCCCCAUCUGGAUCUUCGCCGUCAUCGUCGCCGCGAUGGGCCUGCUCGUCGGCCCGGUCGAUCUCCUGGUGCUCAAGCGGCUGCGCAAGAGGCAGUAUUCCUGGGCCACAACGCUCCUCUGGGUGAGCAUCGCGUGUGCGCUCACCGCGUCGCUGCCCAACAUCAUCCGUCCGAGCGAGGCGCAGGUCGGCCGCUUCACGGUCCUGGACGCGAUCCAGGGCGAGCCAAUCGCGAUGCGCACCGGCUACACCACCGUUUUCUCCGCCUCUUCCGUGAGGGCGAGCGUGACGGACGACGACCCCGAGGCCCUGUGGCGACCCAUCCCCUCGCUCGCCGGUGGUGGCAACGCCGGGUUCAUCGGGGCGAGCCCCAUCACCAUCGCCCAGCCCGUCUCGCCCCUCCCGACGAACGUCCGCCUGCCGACGUGGUCGCUCCGCACGUUCCAGGACGAAGCCACGGCGCCCCUCCCGUACGAGGCCCGCGCCGAACGCGUCGACGGAUGGAAAUACGAGAUCACGAUCGACGGCAUCGACCCUUCGAGCGCCAUCGAGGCGUACGCCGUGAUCGAGGGCAGCCGGUUCGUCGCGGAGAUCGACCGCGACUCGCCCGACUCCACCCGGACCCUGAUCCGCACGACGCGCGACGUGCUCGCGCCGAUGAGGGACGUCGACGCCUUCGGCGGGCGGUGGACGCCGACGGUCGUGGUCGACGACGAGCACCUCAACGACCUGCUGCACACGCUCACCGGCGGCGCCCACCGACGCACCGCGCUGCUCGAGCAGGAAACAACCCGGGGCCACGUGCUCGUCGGCAUCGUCUUCGACGCGCCGGGAGGAUCCGACCCCGUGAUCUCCAUGACCAACUGCACCGUGCGCUACGGCACGCUCACCGCGCUGGACGACCUCUCGCUCGAGAUCGGCCCGGGCGAGGCCUUCGGGUUCAUCGGCCCCAACGGCGCCGGCAAGUCGACGACGAUGAAGAUCCUCGCCGGCUUGCUCCGGCCGGACACGGGCCGCGCGACCGUCGACAGUCUCGACGUCGUCACACGCUCGCGCGACGUCCGCCGGCGCGUCGGCUACAUGCCGGACUUCCUGGGCGUCUACGACGACCUCACCGUCGACGAGUACCUCCAGUUCUUCGCCAGCGCCUUCAAGAUCAAGCGGUCCACCCGCGCGGGCCUCAUCACCGAGAUCCUCGAGCUCACCGACCUCACCGCCAAGCGCCACGCGAUGGUCGACAGCCUCUCUCGCGGCAUGCAGCAGCGGCUGGGCAUCGCCCGCGUGCUCAUCCACGACCCGAAGGUCCUGCUGCUCGACGAGCCCGCCUCCGGCCUCGACCCGCGGGCGCGCAUCGAGAUGCGAUCGCUCCUCGUCGAGCUGCGGCGCAUGGGCAAGACGAUCAUGGUCUCCUCGCACAUCCUCUCGGAGUUGCACGAGAUGUGCUCGAGCAUCGGCAUCAUCGAGCAGGGCAAGCUCCUCUUCGCGGGCACGCUCGACGAGGCGUUCGCCCGCGCCGGCUCGGCGCAGCGCAUCCACCUCAAGCUGGAGACGGACGCCGAGGCCGCCCUGCGCGCGAUCGUGACGGACGAGCGCGUGCGCGACGCGAAGAUCGUGGAAAGCGAGCUCGUCCUCGAGCUCACGCCCGGGACGCAUGCGCACCACUUUGUCUUCGAGCGGCUCACCGCGGCCGGGGCGCGCAUCGCCAGCUUCACCCCGCGCGAGGAGAAGCUCGAGGACGUCUUCCUCCGUCUCACCAAGGGGGCCGUCCACCCGAUCGUCUCCCGCGAGAUGGCCGUCGCCGGGCGCCGGUGGACGACCUACGCCCUCCGCUCGCUGUUCGUCUUCGGCGUCCUCGCGAUCGUGGUGCUCGCGUUCGUUUCCGUUUUCAUCGACGGCGCGCACCGCAACACGACCGAACAACUCGACCGAAUCACCGCACUCGCCCCGCAGCUCGUCACCGGGAUGAUCUGGGCGACGUUCGUCUCGCUCAUGUUCCUCGCGCCCGUGCUCACCUGCGGCGCGAUCUGCGAGGAGAAGCUCGGCCGCACCCUCCCCGCGUUGCUCACCACGCCCCUCACGACGACGCAGAUCGUCUUCGGCAAGCUCGCGGCCCGGCUCUUCCAGCUCGCCCUGCUCGUGCUCUGCGGCGUGCCGAUCCUGCUCCUGCUCCGCGUCUACGGCGGCUACUCCGUCGGCCUGGUCCUCAAGGGCACGUGCCUCACGCUGAGCGCCGCGUUCCUCGCGUCCUCCGUCGCGCUGAUGUAUUCGAUCUGGCACAAGCGGGCCUGGACGGCGCUCAUCUACGCCCUGCUGACGAUGAUCGUGUACUUCGCCGCGCCGAUGGCAUACAUCGGCGCGUUCAUGGGCGGCGUCUUCGGCCAGUCCGCCGCGUUCGCCGAGGCCAUGAAAUACCUGCCCUACGCGAGCCCGCCGUUCAUGCUCGCGGUCGCGACCGCACCCGAGGCCGGCGCCGCGCCGCCGCUCAACCUGCUGAGCGAGCACGGCUGGCUCUGGUGCUCGCUCUUCACGAUCGCCGUCGGGUGGGGCGUCGGGCUUUUCUCCUCGCUCGUCCUGCGACGCGUCAUGCUCGCCGAGGCCCGCGGGUGGAGCGCCGGCUCGAGCGGCUUUGUCCCCGGCGCGGGCGUCCGGGGGCGCGGCGGACGCAAGGCGAAGCGCUCGGUGCGCCAGCGCACCUCGUCGCGCACCGUCUGCAAACACCUCGAAGCGCCCGUCUUCUGGCGAGACCGCAAGCUGCCCAUGGUCAAGAGCCGGACCGGCAAGGCCCUCGUCGCCCUGCUCUUCCUCGCCGUCGGCGGGCUGUUCUAUUACUACGGCGAGUACGACGAGAUGGACUUCCACAUGGUCAUCACCUGCCUCGUGCUCGUGAUCCUGCUCGCCACCGCGGCCACCGUGACGACCAACACCAUCACCGCCGAGCGCGAGGCCCGUUCGCUCGACGUCCUGCUCACCACGCCCAUGACCGUCCACUCGAUCAUGGGCCAGAAGUACCUCGGCAACAUGGUCCGCCUGCUGCCCGGGCCGCUCUUCCUCACCGGGCACUACCUUGUCUUCGGCAUCCGGGGCGACACCCAGCUCUGGCAGGUCGCCCACGUCCUGGGCGUGACCCUCGGCUACACCUCCCUGCUCGUCGGCUCGGGCCUGCUCGCCGGGACGAUCUUCAAGCGGCCCAUCACCGCGAUGGCGACGAACAUGGGCCUCGCGCUCGUCCUCUGGAUCGGCCUGCCCAUGGCGACCGCGAUCGCGAGCGAGCUCUUCAACGCCCACGACAGCUUCCUCCCGGGCACAGUCGCGCUGAGCGUGAACCCCGUCUACCUCAUCGCGAGCGGCAUCGAUUACGCCUUCGACCGCACCGCCGGGAGCGAGGUCCAGUUCGGCAUGCGCUGGGAUGAUAUCCAGGCCACCCUCUACCACACCAUCGUCAUCGUCUCUUCGGUGGCCGCCCUCAUCGCCGGCGUGCUCCUGACCCGCCUGGCGGGCUGGUGGCUCCGCAUACACACCAUGAAACGACCCGCACGCAUCACCGCGCUCGUGACGGCCGCGCUGGCCAUGGCCAUCCUUUUCUCACCGAACGCGAGGGCUCAGAGCGCCCCGUCCCCAAGCGAUCGUGCCGCAUGGCACGAGAAGCGGACGAGCGAGCUCACCCAGCGAUACCGGGACGCUUACGAGGCCGGCGACUACGCCGAGGCCGUUCGAGCCGGGUACGAGCUCGUCCGCCACGACCAGCUCAACGGCCUCGCGGCCUACAACCUCGCCUGCGCCUACGCGCUCGACGGCCGGCUCGACGAGGGCGCGAAAUGGCUCCGCAACGCCGGCACGCACGGCUACGACCGGCCCGAGCACGCCCGGUACGACCCGGACCUCGACGCCAUCCGCGAGCACCCGGUGUACCGGGAGGCGAUGCAGGUCAUCCGGACGAACCGGGAGCACGAUUUCGAGCAGUUCAAGGCGUGGUGGGAGCGCCGGCCGCUCAUCGUCAUCGAGCCCGAAACGAAGCCGGACGGCCCGAUGCCGCUCAUCGUUGCGCUGCACGGCUACGGUUCGAGUGGUGAGGACAUGGUUGAGCGGUGGCGAAAAGCCGCGUCGGACGCCGGCGCCGUGCUCGUCGCGCCGGAAUCGGGGCGGACGGUCGAGGGGCGGGACGGCUACCAGUGGUCGAAGGAGGACGAGGCGGAUUGGGUCGUCCGCCGGAGCGUCGAGCGUGUCCGGGCGCACACGAAGAUCGAUCCCGAGCGGAUCGUCCUCACCGGCUUUUCUCAGGGCGGCUUCGUCGCGAUCCGUCACGGUCUGAAAUACCCCGAGAGCGUCGCCGGCGUGAUCCCGGUCGCCGGGCUCUACGACGAGCGCCGGACACCCUUCAACGAAUUCAAGGCGACGACGCCUCUGCCUCGGUUCUUCCUGAUGGUGGGGGCGCAGGACGAGAUGCUCGAAUCGAUGCGCUUGGCCGAGGAGGCAUUCGAGCAACGCGGCGGCGAGGUCGAGCUUGUGGUGUACGAGGGCGUCGGGCACGGCUUCCCCCCGAACACCGACGAGGAGCUCGCCAGGGCGCUCACUUACAUACUCCAGGGCGACGGCACGCCGAGCGAGUAG